AUGAAACCGACUAUGACGAGACGGCUUGCGGCGGGUUAUCUGAUCGUCGCAAUCCUCGCAAGCCUCGUUCUGCAAGGACUGGCUGCACGAAGGGAUCUGCAAGAAAUCCCGGGAGUGCGAACGUACAAGGUGACGGUGGGGGGAGUGCUGCCAUACCACAUCCGCCCGUGGCACCGCGGUGUGCAGUGGGACUGGACGCCCCCCAAGCUAUACCCUCAAUAUGUUCUGCUUUUCCGUUGGGUGCAGCGCGGAUGGCCACGCGGGGAGGGGCGAACGGGGAAGAAUCGGGGGAAAGGGCUGCGCUUGCCUGCUGCCGCCGCCGCUGGUACUGGCAAGGCCGUUCCUCUCCUCCCCUUCUUGCUGCUGCAGCCGUUGAAUAUCCCUCAAGUCAACGACCUCGUAAUCCUCAUCGUUGGUUCCUAG